UGAAUGGAUUCUCUUAUUUCUACGCUUUUUGUUCACUGCUUUCUGGAUUAUUCUAUUUGUGCCCCCCGCUUCUAUUUCUAUAACAAGUUCAUGCUCUCUGCGUCCGAACCAGUUUUUUAA